CCGCCGCCGCCCGCCGCCGUGUCCGCCGCGUCCGCCGGCGCCGCCAGCCGUUGGCCCGGCCCGACCCGCCCGGCCGCACGAUGCUGGCGCUCAUCUCCCGCCUGCUGGACUGGUUCCGCUCGCUCUUCUGGAAGGAGGAGAUGGAGCUCACGCUCGUGGGGCUGCAGUACUCGGGCAAGACCACCUUCGUCAACGUCAUCGCGUCAGGUCAGUUCAGCGAGGACAUGAUCCCCACGGUGGGCUUCAACAUGAGGAAGGUGACGAAGGGGAACGUCACGAUAAAGAUCUGGGACAUCGGCGGCCAGCCCCGGUUCCGGAGCAUGUGGGAGCGGUACUGCAGAGGAGUGAACGCCAUUGUUUACAUGAUAGAUGCUGCGGAUCGUGACAAGAUAGAACCUUCUCGAAACGAGCUCCACAAUCUUCUCGAUAAGCCGCAGCUGCAGGGGAUCCCAGUGCUCGUCCUCGGGAACAAGCGAGACCUUCCCAACGCCUUGGAUGAGAAACAGCUCAUCGAAAAAAUGAAUCUCUCUGCUAUUCAGGAUAGAGAAAUUUGCUGCUACUCAAUCUCGUGCAAGGAAAAGGAUAAUAUAGAUAUCACUCUCCAGUGGCUUAUUCAGCACUCGAAGUCCAGAAGAAGCUGAGGCCGCGUCUCCGGCCGCUGCUUCCCGCUGUGCUCCGGGCACCGUCCGUCCCUCUGAAGUUCUUCCAGAAUAUGGCCCUUCCCAAACCCAAGAAAUUGCCUUUUUCAGAGUUCCUUUCUCAUGUGCGCUGCUGAAGAUGUGUACCCCUCGUCCUCCAUCCUGAGUCAGCUAGAGUUGUCGCGAUAAAGUCGGCACACAAACGGCUUCUUACACUUACUCGUCUCAAACAGCGUGUAGGGCUUUUUUGAAAAGAAAAACGUUUUGACCAUCUUAAAUCAAGAAAAUUGCUUCUUUCAGUUCUGGCCUUUGGGGCCAGCUUUUUAUAUUGGUUUCAGUAACUGUCUCUGGUCCUUCCCCGUAGAGCCCAGCGGCUCCCACUGACACUGACUUGGUAGCGCAUGGAGUUUCUUGUGCCGCACACACAGUAUUUAGAAAAGCUUCCGCCUGACUCCUGGGGGCAGGAACUUCAUGUUUCUGAUCUCCCCGAUGCAUGUGAACUGUCCACUUCCGCCUUGGGAACCAGCCGAGGGUCGCAGUCCGCUCGCGGCGGUUGGGCCGUCCCCCGCCUGGGGUCUGGAAAGGGCCCACGGCGGCGGGGAGCCGGGGAGCGAGGCAUGCGUUUUCUAUCUGUCCAGAUCAUUACUCCUGUAUAUUUUCUCUCUCUUCUUUUCUGGUUCACCACACUUUCUAAGGGACUGGGAAUCGAAGAUUUUCGCAGAAGCUUUCAUGAAUUUAGAGCAUCCCAGCCCGUACAAUAAACCUGUUACGAACUUGGGACCGCGCAAAGCCCCGUCUGUUCUCGGCCCUCGGCUCUGUGCUGCUGCAGCUCGCGCUCUGGCCGGCCCUGACGGCCAGCCCCGAGGCGACGCUCAGCUGGGAGGCAGGACUGGGAACCCCCCUGAUCCUGGGCAGCAGGGUCGAGACGCCCCUAGGCCCGUGCUCUGAGGGUCACCCUGAGGGUCUGCACGGGAUGGGGACCCCACGCGCUUGUCGCUGUGUCUGUGAUACAGAGGCCCCCGAGAACAGUGACCAGGGCUGCCGACGCCAAGGGCUCUGCACGGCCGUCCGCUGGCUCUGCACCCCGUGUGCGAUUCUGUGUCCCGGUCCGGCAGUGCUCCUGUGGCCAGGCCAUUUCCAGGUGGCCGCGCUCCCUGAGGCCCAGGGCGGGCCGUUCCUCCGGCCAGCUCCAUUUUAAUUCCCGGACUGCUGCGGCCUUAACAUCCCGCACAGACUCGAUUUCCCUGGCAGAGACCCAGUUGGAUCUCUGCUCUGACGUCCUCCUCCUCGGAGCAGGUGCACGCCCCGUGUGUGUGUGUGUGUGUGUGUGUGUGUGUGGAGGGGUGAGCUUGUCCUGGGGGGUGCGUCCAGCCCCACUCGAGCCCCGCGCCCGGCAGUGAGGGGGGGCAAUCGGCUUGUGCUGGAAAGAGGGGCUGGCCCGGGCGCACCCGGGGGCCACAGGGCUGUUGAGCGACCGCGUUUGUCUCUGCUUCCCAGUCCCAGCAUUUCCCUGUGCAUAACCUCUGCAUGUGGAAUCUUAAUAGUUACUGAACUUUGUAAAUAUUGGAAUUUUUUAUUUAGGUGGAUGCAUUUUUGUCUGUUGACUGCUCUUCUCAGCUUUAUUCAAUAAACUUGCAUUCUGAGGGUUGUAUUGACGAUUUCACUUAAAACUGUAUCAUCAUGGAAGGUGCUGACCGGGGAGGGGGCUGGAAAGAGUUCUCUUGGGCAGGUUCCGCAGAUUGCUGGGAAGAAGCAGCUCAGCUCUCGAAGAAUUGGGUCUGUGGGCUAGUUAAAAUAGAAAUAAACUUUUAAAAUACCA